CAGCAGGCAGCAAGCAGCCCCCGCCCCGCCCACACGGAGCUGAUUUGAAGGUACGGACGACACACACAGGGUGUUGUGCGUAAAAGUAAAAAAGCAAGAAAGUAAAAUUGGAGGUUGCAAGCAAGCUGGGCCCAUAGCACCAAAAAAUGGCACAAAAGACAGCGCUGAUCGUUUAUGCCCAUCAGAGUCCCGCAUCAUUCAACGCAGCAGCACGUGAUGUAGCGGUUGAGGCUCUGAAGGAGCAAGGCUAUAAAGUCUUAGUUUCGGACCUCUACGCAAUGAACUUCAAAGCCGUAGCUACUGCAGAGGAUAUAAAAGGUAAACUGAAGGACCCAGAGCACUUUCGGUACAAUGAAGAGACGAGUAUUGCAUUGAAAGAUGGUCGACUAUGUGAUGACAUCACAGAAGAACAGAAUAAGAUUAAGCAGGCGGAGCUGGUCAUCUUCCAGUUCCCUCUUUACUGGUUCAGCGUACCCGCCAUCAUGAAGGGCUGGAUAGACCGCGUCUUAACUCAAGGAUUUGCUUACACCCUAGGAAACAUGUAUGACAAUGGGAUGUUAAAGGGCAAAAAGGCUUUACUUUCAAUCACCACUGGAGGAAUGGAGUCCAUGUAUCAGCAUGACGGCCUCAAUGGGGAUAUAAAUGUUUUACUGUGGCCGUUACAGAGCGGAGUGCUGCAUUUCUGCGGGUUUGAGGUUCUCGCUCCUCAGAUCUUCUGGAGUCCAGCACAUUGUCCACCACCAGUAAGAACCUCCUUGUUAGACGCAUGGCGAGAAAGGGUGAAUGGUCUGAUGACGGAAAAGCAUCUGUCAUUUGCUCCACUUGAAUACUUUGACCUCAGUUUUCAAGGAGGUUUCCGGAUUCGGCCGGAGGUUAAAGAGAAGUGUGCGUCUCAGUCGCAUGGCAUCACCACCGCACAUCAUCUAGGCAAACCACUUCCUCCGGAUAACCAGACCAAAGCCAAAUAAAUGUAUCCAUCUGAACAUGAUGUAGCUAUCGAUCCAUGAUUAUUCAGUGGAGUUGUAACCGGAUGAUUAUGCAAAAUUAACCUAAUCAUAUUAUCAUAAGAAACAAUAAUUCGGCAGCAUUCCCAAAAUGAUGAAUCAUUUGUUUUAGCUGCAGAGCAAAUUUUACCAUAUAUUUCCUGUUAAUGUUACAAAAAAUAAAAAUCUAUUGCUUCUA